AACCCUCUCUUCCUCUCUCACUCUCUGAGGGACAUACCCGAAAAAUUGUUUGAACAUUGCAGGUUGCUUUUGGGAAAUCACAUUUCUGGAACAAUUCCAAAGGAGCUAGGAAACAUCAUGACACUCAAGUCACUAGUCAUUGAAGUUAACGAGGUCGAAGGACCUCUUCCUCCAGAGCUUGGUAAUUUGCGCAGCUUGGAGAGAUUGCAUAUGCAAGGCACAUCUAUGACGGGACCUAUUCCUUCCAACAUCUCUUUCUUGGUGAAUCUAACUGAACUGAGGAUAUCUGAUUUGAAUGGAUCGAGCAUGCCUUUCCCUGCAUUGGGGGAUAUGACCAAAAUGCAGAAAUUGGUACUAAGAAAUUGCUUGAUUUCUGACAUAAUCCCACAAUAUAUUGGGACAAUGACAAAUCUGAAAUCCUUAUAACUUACCUUUAACAAUUUGACAGGAGAAAUUCCAAGCAGCUUUUCAAGACUCUCAGCGCUAGAUUAUAUGUAUCUUACUAGCAACAUGCUGACUGGGGUCAUACCCUCUUGGGUCCGAGGUAGCAACCAUUACUUGCCUUUCAGAUUCCUACUGGGUUAUUAUUUUUUCCACUCCUG